AUGCACUAUCCUCUGCUCCACCAGACGAAAGAGAACGCCGAACUGAGAAGACACGUCAAACGUCGCACCCAAGCGCUGGACACCAUCCGGCGUGCAUACAUCGUCGAUGUUGAGCAUCUCAAGCGAGAUUUGCGGGACCAGGUGGAAGGAAAAUCGGCGGCAGGAUCCGAAAACUCGGACGAUGUUGCUUUGGGAGGAAUCCCCUCGCUGGAUUUCCGCCCAGUUCUCGAGUUAUUCGCGCCCACGGGCGACACGCUGCAGAUAUCUCCUUGCGAAGAGUGCGGGGGUACGAUGGAGAUUGUCCACUAUGACGAAAAAGAGGUGGUCAAGCUUAGGCGUCAGCUCGAGACCAUUCGAGAGGAGCUAAUGGAGAGCGGGAAAGCGCUAGGCAACAGUAAAGCCAUCGUGGAGACCUACCGAGCAAAGGCCGAAACCGCAUCGUCGGAAUUCUCGGAGAUCCAUAAUAUGCUACUGAGAGAAAUAAAGAUGCUCAAGGAAAAGCUGGCGAAUGCGGGGCCAGAGGUAGUGGCCAAGAUCUCGGAAGAGAGAGACAAAGCAGAAUCGCGCGUGAGAUCGGCCAACCGGACGGUGUCGGAUCUGGAAAGCGUCGUGGUGGAACUGCAGGCCCAAGUACAGCGAGACGCAGACGACAACUUAAAGGUAGAAGAGAUGGAGCACCACUUGCUGGAGGCGUCAAAAGAAACAAAAGCCAUGGCAUUCGAGAGGGACACGCAGGCUUCCGCUGCAGACGAGUUGCGAGCGACGGUGGCGUCGCUCAACACCGACCUCCAACAAGCGAACGAUAAGAACGCCAAGCUGUUAAAAGCUUUCGAGGAUCAUGAAGAGAACAGCAAACGUUCGAUCGCAAAGCUUCGAAAGCUGUUGGACAGCGCAAAAACAAGCGAGGCGGAGAUGCGAGAAGAGCUUGCCGCACUGAGGGAGGAAAACCUACAAAACAUGCUAACAAGCGAGGGUGGCGACGGCAACAGCAGAUCUCACGAGCAUCUUGACCGACCACAGGAUGCAGCAAGCGCUGAUGGGUCGUUUGCGGGUUUCAACGGCGAACCUGAGGUCGAAGCACCGCCGCCAGAGAAGAGCGACAAGAUGUUGGUCUUGGAACUGACUGAAGGGCUCAGGCGAAAGAGCACAGCGGCCGUGGGAGAAGAAAUCCUCUCCGGGGCGUACGCGAGGCGCGAGGAACAGGCAGCCCUUGAAAUAGCACAACUCAAAGCGCUUCUAACGAAGGCAGACGCCCAGGUCCUGAAGGGCAAGAGAGACAACAAGAAGCUUCUCAAGAUGUGGAACGGCGCUAGAGCACGCUUGCAGGAGGCGGAGGGGACCGACCGGAGCGGCGACAGCAGCAAUCUCUCUCUGCCUAUCACCGUCAGUAAAGUACCAACGGAGGAACAUGCGCCUCCAGAGGAAGUCAAGGAAUCUGCUGCCAAUCUGCGCUCUGGAAAACGCGCGCGCCGCUCGACGAGAAAAGUUGCAGCUGACACCGUCGAUAGUUCGGACGAAGACGACACCGAGGGCGUGAUGGCUGUUGCCAUUUCGUACCUUGAGGAGGACUGCCGCCGACUUGGAGUAGCGAAAGGAGAGCUGCAAGAAUAUUGCAACAACCUGCAGAGUCAAUUGAAAAGCGUACAAGAGAGUCUUGCGAAGACGCAGAGCAGCCUUGAGAGCGAAAGGCAAGGAAAAGAAGAAGCCGAACGAGGAUUGGAGGAACGCCGCGAGUUACUUUCCAAAGCAACUUUAGCCGUUGCGGAGCAUUCUAUGGCUCUACACGACGCUCAAGAAAGCACGGACAAGGUCAAGCAGGAACUCGACCAGGAAAAGACCGCCACGGCUCAACUUGGACUACAGCUCAAAGAGAUGGGUACGGUGAACGGCGUUCUGGAGGCGGGACUAGUGGCGACAAAACACUCCCUCGAGAUCAUGACCACCGCCAAAGGCGAGGCAGAAGCAGCCGCAGAGCGCAACGCCUCCCAGGCCAAGCGCAAUGCUCUGCGCGCAGAGGGCAAUGCAUCCUGGGCCGAAGCGGAGGGCAUGCGUGCCGAGGAGGAGUCAUCACGACGUUUCCUGUCCGACGUGGUUGCAGCCGAGAGGAUAGCUGUUCUUGGCGUGGAACUGAACAAGUGUGUAAACGAAUUGGAACGACGGAGACUGGAGGCCAAGGAGCACGCGGAGCAAAUGAAGGAAUUUCGGCAGGUCGUCGCCGAGAGAGCGAGGCUGGAGGAAGAGGUUGCUUCGCAGCGAGAUACAAUUUUGGACAUGCGGCAAAGAACUGCCAAGGACCAAACGAUGAUCGAGGAGUUGAAGUUGCAGGUGGUGUUGCUGGACGGGAUGCGAAAAGAGGUCCUGUGUCUUGAAGACAAAUUGGAACGGCUUCAAGUGGAGCUGAGUGCAACCAAGACUUCACUGGAAGCAUCGAACCAGCAGCGCAAGGUCCAAAUCGCUACCGUGGAGCACCACGACCGAGUCGACGGCGCACGCUCAGAUCAAUUGCUUCUAGAUUCCCUCUGUAAGCAAAGGGCCGCACAAAUAUCGAACAUGGAAGAGGCUAUGCGGAGGCUAGAGGCCACGAGGGCGGCAUUGCAGAAGGAGCACGACGAGCUUCUCGUUGAGAAGGAGGAGCUGCACGAGACGCUGUUGAAGCAGAAGGAUGUUUUAUUAGACAACAGCAAGGAGCUGCGCAAGUACUCAGCCCUAAAGGUUGAGCACGCUACUGAAGUUAAGCAGCAUGGGAAGGUGGCGAGGUGUCUGCAGGAAGCAGAGGGGAACAUCAGACGCGUCAACAUCAGGCUUGAGAGAGCCAUUGGGGACGCUGCCGUGGCCGCCAGCACGGCGAAGGAAGCAGAAUCUGUGCGGGCUAGCGCUGUGGAGGAGCGCAAGGCUGCCGUCGUGGAGGCUCAGACCAUCAGAGACACUAUGGAGAGGGAGAAAGAACAAGCGCAAGCCGUGGGAAAGCAGUUGCAUGACUUGGUGGAGGCCAACGUAACCAGGCUGGCGACGAACACGGCGGUAGCGACAGAGGUUUGUCGACUCGGUGCUCGCUGGAAUUUUCCGUGGCUUCAGGUCUAG